AUGUCGAGCAAGUCUACUUUCAGUCGUUGGAAGAAGGCGGACCUAAUUGACCUCGCCAACAAACUGGAAAUCGACGGCUUCCCCAACUACGCAAAGAAAAGCGAUAUGAUCGAGAACCUUGAAUCGCACUUGAAUCAUCUCGAGAAACCAGUGGACUUUAAAGAUGACUACCCGGAACUAAAGUCGUUUUAUGAGUCGAUGACAGUGGACCAGUCUAGGGAUGAACGGAACGUGUCCGGAUCCACGCCCGGAUCCGGGCGUGAAUUCUUUGACACGGCGACGAAUGAUUCUGAUCUGGAGAAAGCGUAUAUCAAAGAGGAUGAUGAGAAGUCGCAAUCUGGCGAUGAAGGAAGCGCGACAAAGCGUCUUCCUGACAAGAAUGCAAGUUCAACCACGAAAACAAACUUUAAUCUGUUGGACUUCAGUUCAAACAACGAUUCGUCUGCCUCUGCGUUGAGGAAGUUCAAGUUUGAUUUUCAAGAAUACCUCUCUGACAUUAAAUAUCGUGCACAGAAAAUUAAUGAGAACGUUCAGGACUACCUGUCCACCAUCUCCUCUGUUGACACAAUUUUUUCCUUGGUAGAGUUUUCUUUUCUAAUGAGAGGCAUAUUAUUAGCCGCCGGGCGGCCAACUUCCUCCUCUUCGCUCGCAUCGUCUCUGGAAGCCGCAGUUGCCGCUCAUAACAAAUACCAAGGUACACUUGAUUUCUGCCUACCAAUACUUACGUGGCUACUCUUUUUCAGAGGCAUUCCUACAUUAGUCUCAUACUACGUCAACUUUAUCCGCUAUGACCUGGACAUCGAAUUGGACCCAAUGACUUUCAAUCUUACGAAAUUCUUGAUUUCUUUGGCAAUCUUCAAAAGCUGUAAUAAUAAAAACAUAGAUUUCCAUUCUUUCGAGUUCGUUAAUCAAGUAUGGACCCAGCUCUAUACAGUGAAUUACUCCCUUGGUAUGAUACCCCUGGUAUUCUCUAUCGUCAACUGCUUGCUGACUCUGUACGUGCUAUAG